AUGGCACCGAGUCAAGUUUCAUCGGUCAAGAUUGGGACAACACAAUUUGUCAAUGCAGUUCUCGAGCAGAACAAAAGUAAACUCGACAAGGUCGCUGUGAUUCGACUAUGUGGACCGUAUUCUCGGCGGUCUCCUCCAUUCGUUGGCUUCCCAGUCGGUCUCUGUGACCUGAUGGAAGGCCAUUAUGGCUACGUAGAUGGUGGCUAUCAAGUUGAUGGCAGAGUCGUACGCACGCUACGACAUGAGCAACUCAAAGAGCAAGCAGCAAUUAUCAAGUCCCAGUCGAUCAAGAGUUUGGUUGUGGUUGGUGUAUACUCUCCGUCAAAUCCUGAGCAGGAGUUAGAAGCUGCCUCUGUUUUGGUUUCGGAACUUGGUGCUGGAUAUGAUGUCUCCUGCUCUCACAAGGUCGGCAGGCUAGGAUUUCUUGAACGAGAGAAUGCAAGCAUUCUCAACGCUAGUCUUCGACGUUUUGCUCGCCAUGUCAUCGCGGGUUUCAAGAUUGCUGCUCAGAAAUUGGGCAAAUGCAGCCUACACAUCACCCUCAAUGAUGGCACUUUGAGCAAGGCCUCAGAAGCUGCUGAGCACCCAGUACGAUGCUUCUCAUCUGGUCCUACAAAUAGUGCAAGAGGAGCUGCACUACUGGCGGGAUCUCUUUCCCAUACAGACGAUAGAGAAACCCUGGUGAUAGAUAUUGGAGGGACCACAACCGAUAUUUGCGGCUUGUUAAAAACCGGGUUUCCCAGGCAAUCUCCUGCUUUCGUCAAUAUUGCGGGUGUCAGGACAAACUUGACGAUACCUGAUGUACACAGCAUUGCUGCAACAGAUUUGAUCUUAUCCAACGAUCGGACAGAUAGACUUGUACAGUCACAUGCCAAGGCCUCUGGGCUUGCAGAGAUUAACAGGGCUGUCGAGGAAGCUAUCGAUCUUGUCAAGACAAAGCCGGGCGAUGUGCGAGCAAUUCUUGUUGGUGGUGGGAGCAUCAUCAUUAGCGAUGAGAUUGCGGGAGUCGGAGAGCUCAUUCGCCCAGAAUAUCUCGAAGUGGCCAAUGCUGUUGGCGCCGCGUGGCUCGGUUGA